AUGCGGCUCCGUUCCUUUUUGCUGCGGUACUACCCACCAGGGAUCACGCUGGAGUACGAGACCUCCUUAGGGGAGGUCCGGGAGAAGACGAUAGAUCUCCUAACCCUCACAGUGACGACAAACUUAGAGCGUCUUGCGGCGGAGAUUAUUAAGGAGGAGCCACUACUCUCUGAGAAGUAUGCACCACAGCUUCUAUCGUACCUGCGGCGUCUCGUGGAAAAGUUAAAGGUGGGGCACAACAGGAAGGAGAAAUUUGUGCUCUUUAAGACGCUGCGGGGACACAUGUUGCCCUUGACGAACUGCGCCUUUAAUAAGGGCGGGGACUCCUUCAUCACUGGCAGCUACGAUCGCACCUGCAAGGUGUGGGACACAGCCACUGGAAACGAAAUUGUUUCGUUGGAAGGUCAUCGCAAUGUAGUGUACUCAGUCUCAUUUAACAACCCCUAUGGGAAUCGUGUGGCCACAGGCAGUUUUGAUAGAACGUGCAAGAUAUGGGAUGCGGCUACAGGGCAGUGUUACCAUACACUAGCGGGUCAUAUGGCGGAGGUGGUCUGCAUGAGUUUUAAUUCGCAGAGUACGCUGCUUUCAUCAGGGUCUAUGGACUACACAGCGAAGGUGUGGGACCUGGAGACGGGGCAUGAGACAUACUCCCUCCUUGGACACACCGCAGAGAUAGUCUCACUCAACUUCAACAUAAAAGGUAAUUUAAUUCUCACAGGUAGCUUUGACACAAAUGCCAAACUGUGGGAUGUGCGCACCGGCAAGUGCACCCACACGCUAAAUGCACACCGAGCUGAAAUCUCCUCCACGCAGUUUGACUACACCGGCAACCUCUGCGUCACUGGAUGCAUUGACCGCUCUUGCAAAUUGUGGGACGUUGGCUCCGGGCGAUGUGUGUCGACGCUGCGGGGUCACACAGACGAGAUCCUUGACGUGGCCUUUAACACGACGGGGUCACUCAUUGCGACAGCUAGCGCAGAUGCUACGGUGCGUGUGUACGACACCGCGACCUGCAACUGCAUCGCAACUCUGCUAGGUCACGAGGGCGAAAUCUCAAAGGUGCAGUUCAACCCGCAGGGGACGAAAAUCAUCUCCGCCUCAAACGAUAAAUCAUGCCGCCUGUGGAAUGUGGAGACUGGAGAACUUCUGCAGUGCCUUGUGGGGCACAAGGAUGAGAUAUUCUCCUGUGCAUUCAACUACGAGGGAGAUACCAUCUUGACGGGCUCAAAGGACAAUACGUGCGGUAUCUGGAAGAGUCAACCUAGCUAG